CGGCUGCUGCCCCCCACCCCCCCGCCCCUCCUCGUGGGCGGGACCGGUCCCAGUCUUCUCUGCAGUGAAUCCUGCGCCCCCCUACAGCUGCAGUCUGCAGUCCCAUCACUGCUGCGGAGAGCGCGCGCACCACAGGCGGAGAUGGCUUUCACCUACCUUCUUGUCAUUUGGGUCCUGGCGAUUUCAGCUCAAGGUAGUGUUGGACCAAGUACCAGCACCAGCUUCUGCACCGAGUCCAAAGAGUGUUUGGAGUAUGAACUGAUCUGCAAAACAGACGAGUAUGAAGUUCGACACUACAGCCCCACCCGCUGGAUUUCAACUGACGCCGAGGCCUAUUUCAUGGGAGUGGGUGCAGCCAUGGCUUUCAGGAGACUCUUCCAGUACAUCACCGGGGCAAAUGAAGGAGGUGUUCAGAUGGAAAUGACUGCUCCCGUCCUGGUGAAGAUCCCAGAGGACAGCAAGAUGUGGGGGCCGGCUAUCUACACGCUCAACUUCCUGCUGCCUGCUGCCUAUCAGGAAAACCCACCAGCCCCCACUAAUGAUAAGCUGUAUUUCACUGAGAUGCCGCACAUGGACGUGUAUGUGAGGACCUACGGAGGGUGGAUGCUGUCCAUUGACUCCCGGAGUCACACUUACCUGCUGACUGCAGAGCUGGAACGAGUGAGAGCCACCUACAACCACAGCUAUCACUAUGGCGUUGGCUAUGACAGCCCCUUGAAGCUGUUGAACAGGCACAAUGAGGUUUGGUACGUGGCAGAGGGCCAGCCUGUUUGCGCUGACCCACAGGAGCCCAGUCCUGCUCACACAACCCGGCCAACUCCGACCCACCUGCCUUCAGCCUCCCCGUCUGACCUCCUCCUACGCAUGCUCUCUGACUCACCCUCGAUGUCGUCCUCCAACGUGUCCUCCAACGCAACGUUUAACACCUCCUCGCUGCUGCCUUCUGACACCUCCCCUCUCCUGCCAUCUGAAGCACCAAGCAGUCGUCCCUCUGACCAAACCCUGGACUCCAGCCAGCCUACCCCCUCUGCUCAGAUGCCCCUCAACCCGGCCACCAACUCCUCAGAUCCUGUGUCCGAGAGCCCGUUGUCAGAGUUGCAGCCCGAUGCAGAGCUGUGGAACAGCACAGCACACAACCCAAUGGACUCUGAAGACGAGCAGAACACUGUGUCUGAGCCUGUCGAUGCAGUUUAGGAACGUCUUUUGCUGUUGACCCCACAUGGAAUCUCAGUGAGAAUCAACCACUCGACCGCCCGUUCUCUGUGUCCAUGUCCCCUUUAUAGCACCUCCUGUUACACAUUAUACCACAGCCUCCUGUAUCACCAACGUACGCUCUUCCACUUCUUCUUUAACAUUAUCACACAUCUAUAUCCUAAAAUGAGGUCACCUGUAUGCAUUCAUUUAUCUAUGUGAGUUUCCAAAGCCAUCUGUAGCUGCAGAUUAACGUAGAAUGUGCUUUCAGGGUUCUCUAUAUGUUAUUUUCUCUGCAUUACUGUGCUUUCAGCAGCACAUAGGUGUGCUCCAUUAGUGUCCAGCACACAUGUCCAACGUGAUCUCUGCUGCAGUAUUAACUCUACAAAUUGAAAACAAAUAAUUCGGAAACAUUUUUUUGUUGUAAGUAAGCGCUUCAAAUACCUGCUGAGCUGUAGAUUUUGUGAAAUGUUUGUGGAAUUUAGGCCAGCUUCAUGACUAUUAACUCCUGUGAAACAAAAUAAUAGUAAUAAUAGAGUGAAUUAUUUGAAGAAAUUACAUGUGUAAUAUUCAUCUAAAAAAAUCAGCAAUAUUAAAGAAAGGAAAAAAUACAUUUCAAAAUGCAGUUCAAAUGCAUCCUCUUCACACCGGGUCCAGCAUUUCUGCUGAAUGAUCACCGCCUCACCAGUUCAAAAGAUGCAACAUUCUUCACCUUUUUCACCCAGCUUCUCUAUGUGUCUCUAGGUUUUAAUCUCCUGAGAUGCAGCAGGAAACCAACAAUUAGGAGGGUUUGCUUCUCCACAUCACUUAAACUAUAAGCUGUGAUCCUAUGUGUACACAAAAUGUUACCAAGGAUUCAAAUUUAGUUUCUCUAAGGUUUUCUGAGAGACAAAAGAAAAAUGCCACAAGUCAAGUACAAAGUGUAAAUAUUUGUCAUUGGUUUGAUAAAGGUUUUUUCUUUAGGCUUUAAGAACUUUCAGUGAUUAGUUCUUUGCAGAAAACGGCUUAGUCACAAAACCUUUCCCUAACUACUGUGUCCAUGUGAAAUCUUUAUGAAGCUUUCCUGUAUGUAUUUUUCUGGAAUUAUUGGGUGUAAGCUUGCUCUGGCAUCGCUCCGAAAACUUAACAGCCUGCGUGAAAUGUAUGUAUGGAGUCUAACUGUUGUGGGAUAACACCAAAGAUCUGAGUCCAGUGCACGAUGCUUCAAAAGGAAAAAGUUCUGAGGAAGCUGCAAUAAAAACUGAACUUAUUCCAUUCA